AUGCUUUCUUCAAAAAUUCCUGAAAAAUAUAGAAAACGUUUAGAACACGCAGCCAGUCUUUACUUUAAAAAUUGGGAUAUCUUUAAGGAUAGCUCUGAGACAAAUGUUUAUAUGAAUAGAAUUUAUAAAUAUAAAGGAUUCUUAAAAGAUACUGAAAGUUACUAUAUCAAAAUUUGUAAUGUUAGUGACUUAGAUAUUCUUAAUAUUCUCAGGGAGUACUGUGAUUUUAUUCCAUUGUCUACUGGAUUUUUACCUCCAAAUACAAUUACAUUUUGGGUUAUUACAUAUAAUGAGGCAAAUUCAUUGACACAAUUAUCAAGAAGAAUAAAUCAAAAUGGUGUUGCUAUACAUAUUGUCAGUGAAGUAGGAAAAUAUCGUAUUUGGAAUAAUUUAACUGAAGAUGAUAUAAAAGCAAUAAAGGAUGUUUGUUCUUUAAGAUAUUCAGCUGAAAACAAUUCUUUAGAUUUAACUUCAUUCCUUCAUGAAGAUGUCUUUAAUACUGAUGAUUCUCCUGGAAUUACAUUAGAAAAAAUUGAUGUUACACUAACUAUUGCUAAAUUUAUCCUUUCAGAAUGUCCAAAUAUUGAAAGAAUAUCUUUCUCUUCAAAUAAUCUUCAUAGUUUUGAUUGUUUAGAACCAAUUUUACAUGUAGCAAAAAAAUUGCAUACAAUUGAUGUUUCAUUUAACUACAUAAAAAAUGUUUCUUGUUUUAAUGUAUUGAAACGUUUUAGACUUAAAGAAAUAUAUGUCAAAGAGUUUCAGUCGGAUAAAUUUUUUUAUUUAGAUGAGAAAUCUGCAUCUAGUCAUAUAUCGUCUAUUUUACAAACAACUUGUGAGGGUAAUGAUUAUGAAAAUAACAAAGUAGUCUUCAAUCCCAAAUUAAAUUUUGACAACUUUUCGGAUUUUAGUACACACUUUCAAUAUGAGGAACAUUUUAUGGCAACAGACCCAAUACGGAUAUCAUUUUUUAAUAAUAUUCCAAAAUUGGAACAAGCUAUAAAAACAUUUACUCAAUCAUAUAUUUUUACAUUUGAUGAUAAUGAUAUUGAGGGAAGAAGAAAAUUAAAAAAAUUCUAUCGGUCAAAAUCAACUUUCUCUCUUUGUAUCACUGCAAUUCGGGAUGGACGUGGACAUCAAUAUUAUUAUGGUAAAGAACAAAUGAAACAUCCAAAGAAUUCAGAAUUUUUAAGUAAAACACAUAACAUGUGCAAACCUGAAUACUACCAAGACAAACUAAAUGAGGUACUUUUUGUUGGAAAUGAAAAAAUUAUUAAUGCUUUUCUUACUCUUCCACUUUCACAACAUGAUAUGUCAACGUUUGUUUAUGAUGUAACAUAUACUGAUGUAAAUAUCAUUUUAUUUACUGUUAAAGGAUUAGUUAAUUUUGGAGCAUCACGUUCUGAACAUUCUUCGAAAUGGAUUCAUGAUGAUGUACAGUUAUUCACACGCAGUUUUGCAUGUACAAUUCAAAAGAAUUCUGUAAUCAAAAUUAUCUCUGAAAUUAUGACUAUUUAUCCAUCAACUAAAUCUGGAUUAGAAUGGUACAGGAAGUCACUAACAUUGUUAGAACCUCCAACUACUGAUAUAAGAUUACUUGGAAAAAUUGAACUUCAAAAACGUAAAAAUAAACAAAAUAUUAAUGAUGAUGUACUUGUUGAAAGACUGUGCUUCGUAACAAACAUGAUUCCAAGCUAUUCUCUUAGAUGUUUAAUGGAUUCUGGUUAUGAUUUUGCCAAAUCAAUAAAAUCUUUUGAGGCAGUAAAAGAUUUAAUUCCUAAAGAGGGCUUUGAUCGAAAAUAUCAACUUUCACCACUUGGAGAAAAUUUGAUUUGGUGA